UUCGAAUACGAAUCUACCAACACUCUCGAGGCGGCGCCGCGUAUCUCGUCGUUACAUAACGGCCUAGUGGCAAGAUUUACGAAUCGCGCUUCCUUAAUAGCGGAUCUAUAAAAAGAAAAAUAAAAAGAAACGCGAUCCGUGCGCGACGGAGGGUUAUCUCCGACGUCUCCGUGGAAGAUAACCCCGUCGCACCCCGGCUUGUCAAAAUUUCUUUUUACUGAUCCGCUGUACAGGGAAACGCCGAUGCCGCGCAUGAGAGCGCGCCGCGACGACGCGGUCUACGUUGCGCGCGUAUGUGCGUAAACCAGUUAGACAGAAUCCACUUUUCCCUGAGGUAUAAACCUUUUCGUCUAAAACCCGUCGCCGCGCGCGCGUAUGCGCGAGCGAGCGAGCGAGCGAGCGAGCGAACCGAGCGCUUCUCCCUUGCACCACUCGUGCUUUCGAUGAUUUCCCUCACCGCCGGCGCCGGCGCGGCGCGGCGCACCCAAUCGCACGCGCGCUCGCCAGAGCUCCCUUCUGCCGUUUCUGCCUACGAGCGCGCCACCGCGUGAGACGCGCUCGUAAUUAUAGAUUCAUUCAGCGCCGGAGCUCCUGUCAGUCGCUCGUCGGCGCUCGCAGUGGUCAUACGUGCGUCGUCGUUCGUCGUUCCCUGCGCUGCGCUACGUUCGAGAGUACGUUCGGUUUCGAUUGCCGUUUCCGUUCUUCUUUCCCGCCGUCUUCUCACCGACGAGUGAACGCGAUCGAGCGAGUGCAGCAGAGCUGUGCUUCUCGUAGCGGCCGCGCGAUACGCGAGAGACAGAGAGAGAGAGAGAGAGAGAGACAGAGACAGAGAGAGAGAGAGAGAGAGAGGUAUCGUCGCGCGACGAAUCUGUCAUUUUCUCGGAUCUUUCAUCCGGAAAGUGAAGGCGACUCAGAUGAGCCGAUUGAUCAUGGCGAGUCGAGGAUGAUUAUGGGAAUGUGAUAAGAACGGUCGUGUGUUUUUGGACACAAAUUUCCUGCUCGGAGGAGGGAGCACGCGGUUCCUGGGUACUUUGACGAGAAAAACAUCUGGAGAGAGGCGGCGAGAAGCGAGAUACAUCUCGGCCCCAGAGAGGCGUAACCGUGUUAUGCCGAUUGUGCUCCAAUUCCGGACGUGCGAGACCCCACGACGAUGCUGACGGUGAUGUGCCCAAACUGCCGACACCGUUUUCGGACAGCGCGAUGCUGCGAGCCUGCCGGUGGCAGGGGAGGAGGAGGAGGAGGGACCAGCAGCAGCAGCUGCGGCCAGAGGAAGGAGGAGGAGGAGGAGGAGGAGAUGCUAGACGUGGAGGCGAGGGCGGCCGUUAACGACGAUUUCCCGACCACGACGACGACCACCACGGCGGCCACGACGGCGGCGGCCUGCUACGUCGGCGGUCUCCUGGUGCCGCACGGUUACACCAGCGGCGACGGUGCCUUCAUAAACGCGCCCACCAUCGUCCACGGGCCCGCCGCCGUCUUUCAGCCGGGUAUGGCUCACUGCGCUCCCACCGUUGGAAUCGUCAAUCCCGACGUCAGCGCGAUGGCCGAUCACGAGGCACCGGCGGCGCGACUUUCCGGCGCGGUUCCCCGCGCUCAGACGUUCGCCAGGCAGAGCCCUUGUCACGCGACCUCCUCGCUGUUGCGCUCGCGAACGAGCCCGUUGAACGUUGACGACCCGCCUUCUUCCGUCAUCAUGGCGAAUUACGGGAUAGCGACAGCCAGCGAGCGACACGUUGCCACCAAGUGCGAGCUUACCGACAGCACCGUGACCAUCUCCACACCCGGGAUACAGUCCGGCGGUUACCUGAUCCAGAGCACGGAGACGGGGAUCUUGGUGCAGGCCCCGAAAGCCAGCAUCGAGAUCCGGCCGAAGCUCAACAACGACGCCGGUUGCCUCGUGCAGGACAGAUCAUCGUCCGAGGACGAGCGGCUGGCGGUGUCGUCUAGGUACAACACAGAGGCUAAUAACAUUCAUCAUCGGACGUUGGUCGCGCCGCCGAGCGGCUGCUCGGAGCUGCCCGGCUGCAGGAGGACUCUGUCGUCCAGGAUUACGGCGGAGAACAACGAGACAAUGGAGUCGCGGCAGCGGAAGAUCCCGUGCUCGAUUAGGACGAACGGUUGUCGCUGCUGCGGCGACCACGGCGACGGCGGUACCACGCAGAAUCUCUGUCAGUGUCACGGUCGGCCGUACGACGCUUCACCUCUCGAGAACAAUUCUUUGCAUAAUUCUUUGCUGGUGGAGCCGGUGGGCGGUGGUGGUGUGCAGAUCCAAGUGAACGCCACGUUGCAGUUACCCGCGAGCCUCGGCCAGUGCAAGGUGAACAUCACGGCGACGACGGCGGCGUUGCCGGCGUCGAAUCGGAUGAUCGCGACGGAAUCGCGCGUGAGGAACAACUUCAACGGCGGCGGCAUCGUGCAGCCGGACGAGAUCGUAAGCAACAACGAGCGCAGCGACGGCACGCCCACCACGCCUGUCUCCUGGCUGAUGCCUUACCCGUGGAACUUGGACUUGCUGGACAAGGAUAUAAACCGCCUGUGCGAGGUGAAGAGACUGCUGCAGAUCUGUGGCUGGUAUCACGAGGGUAUCAGUUGGCAGCAGAGCGAGAAUCUGCUGAAGAACGCGCCCGUCGGCCGCUGGCUGAUGAGGGACAGCUCGGACAGCAGGUACACCUUCGCAGUGUCCGUGCAGACCAACAGAGGUCCCACGUCGGUCAGGGUGCAUUAUUUCCUCGAGCGUUUCCGGCUCGACGCGGAGCCGCGGCUGGUGCUGGCGAUGCCGCUCUUCGACUGCCCUAUCAGGAUGCUGGAGUACUACGUCGAAUACUCGAAGAGGAUGGACGAGCACCGGCGAGAGGUGUGGGUCGACUACAGCGGUCAGCUCUACAGCCAGAUCUACCUGACGAAGCCAUUGGUCAAGGAGGUCAGGUCGCUGUCGCACUUGGCCCGACUCGCCGUGCACCGGAACAAGCUGCCUACCGACAAUCUGCCGCUCUCGAUCAAGAACUAUCUCGCGGAGUAUCCGUAUACGCUUUGAGCGCGUCUCCUCGUGCGGUAUAUACGCGUCUAUCUUCCAAUAAAUCUAAACAUACAUAUGUUAAGCGGAGAUUUUAUUUUUCUAUAAUACGGUGCGCGCGCGAAGGCCUCCCUCUUCUCGGGCGAUCACACGCCGGAAGACGGAGGUUUGCACGCGAGUGCGGGAGAACGACGUGAAGCUCGGGGAAACGCGGUACACCGUUUUCCACGGUCAAAAUUGCAGUAGAAAAUAAUUACCUGUCGCUGAAGCUCGUUACACGAAAUAACGAGACAUUUUUCGCUUCAUACGUAGGUCCGUGUAAUAUUUCAAUCGAAAGAUUGUGACACAUACACACACACACACACACACACAUACACACACACACACACAGACAGACACACACACACAGACAGACACACGCGCGCGCGCGCGCACGUACGCACGCACGACUGGUGCGAUCUUCGAAGCGUAGUUGGAGGUCACGUCGGACCGCGAAGGAUUCUGUAAUAUGUUUCGGCGCUUCGAGGAAAAGCAACAACGCUCGGCGCAUCGUGUCGUAGGCAGCUAAGACGAAUAGUGAGAAUGCGAGGCACGUCAGAAAGGUUGAUUUAUUUUUCUCAUCUCGAUCGUCGCUCGAUCUCUCGCCGGAGAUGGCACUCUACGUAAUAACAGGCAUAAUAAAUUAUAAGAGACGUGAAAGAAUGAGCGUUUGGUCUUGGAAGCAUCGCGACGAUGAGAGCGGGAAAAUGCACUGCGCUCUCGUGAGUCUCGAGCUCAGGCGUGAUCGCUCGGCGGCGCACCGCGCCAUGGUACGGCAUAAUAUUAGAGUAUGUACGCGAUAUAUAUAUAUAUAUGUGUGUGUGUGUGUGUGUAUAUAUAUGUAUAUAUAUACAUAUAUAUAUAUAUAUAUAUAUAAUAUGCAUAUACAUAUAGUAUACAGGUUGAGACACCUAAAACAGGCCACUUGAAUAACUUUGAAGAUAUGCAAGGUAGAAAAAGAGAUAUCAAAUACAAAAGUUGUAGAGUUUUAAGUGACAUAUCACAUAGCAACACUAGCAAGACCUUGAAUAGCGUUAUCGAGGUUACAGGAAGGUCACUUUGAAUUUUUUAAACGAAAACUUCCAUUUUUUGAUGUAUCGUCUUUUUCUAUCAAUUUAAAUAACUCUUCUCUUGAAGCGUCUUUUUUAUUUGCCUAAUAUUUUUUGAGAUAUUAAAGGAGGAUUUGAUAAUUUAACACAAUGUGUUCAAAGUAGUAUAGUAGUAUUGCUGUAUGAUACAUCAUUUAAAGUCCUACAACUUCUGUAUUUAACAUUUUUUCUAUCUUGCAUAUUUUCAAAGUUAUUCACGUGGCCUGUUUUAGAUGCCUCACCCGGUAUAUACAUAUACGUCGAACUUUUUCUCUCUCUCUCUUUCACCAAAUGCUUCGCAGUAAAAAGAGAAAGGAAAAAAGCUACUGUUAAACGGAGUGGAGAGCGCGCGAUUUGUCUCUCGCGCGCUCUCCUCUCCAAAAGCGUUCCGCUGCCAAGAUCGUCGAUGGGUUCACGUGAAACGGUUUAUCAUCGUCGGGAUACAAAAGGGUACCAUUUACAUACCCUCAUUAACGUAAUCUCGAUAGAGCUACACUUGAUAGUCCAUUGAAAAUAGUUCCGAGAUAUCUAGGCAACGAUUCGAGUAAUACGAUAGUAGAAGGGAGAACAGGGACGGCCAUUAGAGAUAUUCGACGUGCCACACAUGGGCGUUCGAAGCGCGUUACAACGAUUAUAUUUAUUUAUGAAGGAAGGAAAAUGAUUCUCCGUUGAGACUCGUUGAUCGAUAAUUUAUCGCAGUACCGUCACACUGAUAGUCACGCUUCGUGUACAUAGUCCCGCAAUUAUCGCGCAAAAACACGCACGAAGAACAUAAUAAUAUUAAGUUUUUUCCGUCGAACGAGUAUCGCGCGGAACCUUGAUUCGCGAGCGAGCAAAUGUCAUGUCGCGGGCGAAAACAGUGGAAGAAGGAAAUAAUUAACGAGUCCGUCUGUCUGCUGAGCGACGCGACGACACGAGGUCGGUCCGCCGAGUGACUGACAGAUCGCGGUCCGUUUCGUUUCUUAUCUUAUUGAUUUGCGCCUCUCGAAAUUCACACGAAAGACCACUCGACACUUUUCGUGCGCUGCUGUGCGCUUCUUUUUCCUUUUAGCAUAUCGACGAUCUUGCGACCACGCCUUUAAUGCAGUUUAAUCGUUGGACAACGAUCUCGACGAUUGCAUUACGCGUCCGUCGUUCGUGUGUGAUUCUUCUUCGAUUGUCAUCAGCCAGGAAACGCUCAUUCUCAUUUCCCCCCCUCGGACUCGUCGUCGACACGUCGCGUCGGGGACACAUCGCGAACGAAUUGGUCUCGCGCGCGCGCGCGCGCGCGCACACUGUAUCCGUUACAUAUUUUAAGCGAUCAGAAAGAAGAGACGCCGCGUGUCUCUUUUAAUCUCCGCGAGCCAAUCACACUCUUUAUGUUUUACUUUUGAACGAUGGAUGAAGCGAAACGUAGGUUUACUUGUAGAUUUAUGUACGUCACACUCGAGGAUAUAAGCAUAGUAUCAGCUCGGACCAAUAUCGACUAAUCCGCUCGAUUCUGUCGUGAAGAUUUCCGCGGCGGUUUCGCAUGCUUCACUUUCCAAGCGUUGCAUCUCGAUUGCUUCGACUGUGUUUCAAAUUGGCUCGUCAAGACUCUAGUCGGUCAUGGGUUCACCCUCUGCCCCGGGGUCUCCGAGAUUAGUCGAUGCGAUAGGUUGUGAGCUUUCCUACGAUUGCGAAGAGCGGCUUCGUCGAACGGACCGCUCGAAUCCCAUGUUGAAAAAGAAAAAAAAAACACUAGGUGUAUACGAAACUUAGGUACAAAGUUACUAUACGUGCGUCUUAUCAGCUCGGACACUCAUUUUCGUUCGCACCA